AUGCUCGGUGCCUCGGGGGUGAUCGGCGGCGACUCCGACGACGAGCGAACGCCUCGCAGAAUUCGAAAGCAAUUCCGUCUUCAGAAUCUCUUUCGAAUCAGGCCACGAUCAGGUGAUGGAGCGAAUGGAGGAUUGUUGAAAGAGACCGGCUCGAGGAUAGGAAGUCCAAUGAGAGCCACAACAUCGGAGUGUUAUCACGAAGAAUUCGAUGCUCCCAUUCACCACGAGAUCGUCACAAUCAACGUGAGUGGACUCCGAUUUCAGACUUAUGAAAGGACACUUGCCAGAUAUCGAGAAACACUGUUGGGUGAUACAAACAAGCGAUCUCGUUACUGGAAUCCGAGCACAAACGAAUAUUUCUUUGAUCGAUCCAGAUCCGCUUUCGAGUCAAUCCUUUACAUCUACCAAUCUCAUGGCCGAGUGAAAAGACCCGAGAGUGUUCCAAUCGAUAUUUUUCUACGAGAGAUGCGAUUUUUUGAGAUGGGUGAGAAAUUUUUUGAGGAGUUCUGGAAGAGUGAGGGUUACGAGAAACCGCAAGAAGUGAUUAUGCCAAAAAAUCCGUUACAGAGAAAACUCUGGCAAUUGAUGGAAUUUCCCGAUUCGUCUCUCUGCGCUCGGGUGAUUGCCUGUAUCAGCGUUUUUGUGAUAUUUGCUAGUAUUGUGAGCUUUUGUGCGGAGACAUUGCCGGCAAAUGAUCCCGUGGGUCACGAUGCUUCGAGUCCAACGCCACCGCUAAAAGAUGAUGGGCGAAACUAUAAUAUUUUCUUUUGGAUCGAAUCUCUUUGCAUUAUUUGGUUUACGCUUGAAUUAUUCCUUCGAUUCAUUUCCUCUCCGAAUAAACUCUCAUUUCUCACUUCUUUUCUCAAUAUUAUCGAUUUUGUCGCCAUUGCCCCAUUCUUCGUCAAUCUCAUUUGGGCAGAUGCCAGCAAAUCGAGUUCAUCAAUGUCAUUUGCCGUUCUUCGGGUCCUUCGACUUGUUCGCGUUUUUCGGAUAUUCAAACUGAGCCGCCACUCAGCUGGUUUACAAAUCCUCGGCAAAACUUUUAAAGCAUCGGUGCAAGAGUUCAUGCUACUCAUUUUCUUCAUGGUGAUAGCCUUGGUGCUUUUCUCCUCAGGAAUGUAUUUUGCUGAGCAAAGUGAGCCGAACACAAAAUUCACCUCGAUUCCCGCGAGCUUUUGGUUUGUCCUGGUGACAAUGACGACAGUCGGAUAUGGAGAUCUUGUCCCAACAGGGAUCAUGGGGAAAAUCGUUGGAUCGAUGUGUUCUCUGAUUGGAGUGCUCACAUUGGCCCUGCCCGUACCAAUCAUUGUGGCAAACUUCAAACAUUUCUAUCGACAAGAGAAUCGUUUGGCAACAAUGAAAACAGUUGGUGAUGAUGAGGAAUUGGAGAAGAGAUUAUCGAUGAGUGCUGGGGAAGAUGAUCUG